CAUGGAUUCAAGCACAUACAAAUAAAAAGAGUCUAUCUCUAAGUUGUCUAACUUCGAUAAUAGUGAUAAUCAAUAUAAUAAAGUAGAUAUAUGAAAUAUUUAGAGAAUCUGGUCAUGCUCACCACUUAAGUUGAGAGACUUACAUUAGCGUUGAAAAAGAAAACUAAUGAAGUAGAGAGUCUGUAAAAUUAAAUUGAUACUUAAAAAUCAACUCAAUAUCCAUAAGAGAUGGAAGAAUUGAUUACAGUACUAAUAUUUUAAAUUUUAGACAGUUGAAGAAUAAACUAAAGAAAUUGAAAAAUGGGCAUAAAAAUAUUAGACUUUACAAUAAUAAUAUCAGCAAUUAUAAUAAUAAACAUAACAAUUACAAUAGAAAAAUUAGGAACUAGAAUAAGUAGUUUAAUUACUUAAAUACCCAUCUUAAUAAGAAAUUAAAUCAACUGAAAGUUAAAUUCAAUUUUAUUUUAUUUAGGUCUUUAAUCUAAGAGAUUUUAUUAAUCUGAAAUUAGUAGAAAAGAAAAUAAGUGUGAAGAUGAUGAAAAUAAGUUCAUUUCUUAAUCAAAACUAUUAUCUAAAUAAGAUGAGAUCAAUUAAUUAAAAUUAUAAUUAGGAUAAUUAAAAUAAGAACUUUUGGAAGAGAAGUAAAUACAUAGAGAAUUACUUGAAGCUGAAGAAGCUAGGGUUAGAGAUUAAGAGAGAAAGAACUUAAAUUAAUAUAAAUUAGAAACUAAAGAACAAUUAUUAUUAUACAAAAAUUAAAUUCAGGCAUUAUAAGAUAUGUUAGAUAAUAAACAAUCAGUUUAAAAAUAAGAUAAUUUUGAAGAAAAGAAUAGAGAACUUAAUUUAUAAAUUUUAGAUAAGAAUAAGAAAAUAGAAUUAUUGGAAAACUUAAUUACAUAAAAGGAUUCAUAAAUCAAUUUAUUAUAAUAACAAUUAGAGAAAUAUUAAAAAGAAUAAGUCUAAUUAAUCAAAUAAUAAUAAUCAUAAAAAUAACUUACACUUCCUUCAUCAUCAUCUACAUAUAGAAUAGUUUCAACUUAAAAUUCUUCACUUGAUAAUAAUUAUACUUCCAUUAUAAACCUUAAUAAGACUAACUCAAUUUAAGAUUAAAUUAAUUAAACUAUGGCUUAAAUUAAUAAAUCUAUUCAAUAGGUUGAUUAAAUGAAAUAAACUAAUAGUAUCAAUCAAAAAAUGUUUUAGGAUUAAUUUAAUAAUAAUAAUGUUCAAAGUUCUUUGAGAAUUUCACAAACACCAUAAAUGCAAUAAAAUUUAAGCAUACAAGAUAAAAUUAAAGCUUUAACCUCAUUAACACAAUAGUAAAAUAGUUAAAAUUAUAAUAAAUAUAUAUGA